AUGAUCUUGUUAAUUCAUUUUAGCGACGUUAUUCCCAUUAAUAAACAUGUUGCUUCAAAUCUACGCCGUCUUAGAUUAAAUUGGAAUGAACGUGUCGAUGCUGUGGAUUCAAUUAAUAAGGUAUUUGAACGUGAUGUUUUAUUUUCACUAAUAAAGUUCACAUUAUGGGCGAGAAUGGGUGGUCCCCAUAUUCUUCAUAAUUUAUUAUCGAUGCUUUCCAGUCAAUGUUUAUAUUCGUUUAAUGUUAAGUGGCUUGUGAGAAGUAUAGUGUCAUUAUCAGAAACAAGCAACAUUUUAUCCGAGACGUUUCAACAGCUCAAAGGACCAGUGCCUAUUGAAUUAGAAUUAUCUGUAGAUGAAAACGUGUGUUACAUUAGAGCUGUAACAGUACCAAGAAUGGAUAAAUCUUUAUGUGUCUAUUCUUAUCUACAUAAUAUUGUGCAUAGUCGAAGUCGAUGGCCAUAUAAUAGACGUACCUUCAAUGGUCAAUUGUUUCGCUGCAAUAAGAUUAUCAUGACUGAGCAUUAUGAUCAAAUGAACGAUGAAUUUAUUUGUUUAUCACCAUAUAUUGUUGCUUGGCAUAAGAUUACAUCGCUAAGUAUUGGUCAACCAUUCAAUUCAACUCAUCUUCACUUUCUCUUUUCGCAAACGACUAAUCUACGUAAUCUAAAAUUGAAAUAUAGAACAAGAUAUGCAACUGAAUUUGAUUUCGAAGACGAAAAUUUAAUCGAUCUUCUUAACGAUGUGUCUUUGUGUAAUAUAGUCAUGUCACAUGGCUUACGAUAA